AUGAGCCAGCUCGGUGACGAGAACAGUGGACCGUGCGACUCCUCUGCCGACGCCGCCCAUACGCUGCUCACCUCGAUUGUCGAGACGGCCUCGGGUCCACAGCACAGCGAGGCGGAUUUCUCUGGCGGGUGGAUCGGGUGCAGACGUGAGGCCGAUGUCCAGAGUGUUGUCUCGUCGCAGGUCUCGGUGGUGCGGGAGAGCUCUACGAGGGACCACGUCUCUGUCCUGUCGGAGGUCGCUGUGGUCUCGACGCAGCUGGUGUUCACUGGCGCACUGACACUUGACGGCGGAAAGACCACGUGCGAGGUAAUUGAACCCGUGGGGCUUGCCUUGGUGGAAUUAAGACUCCCCGAAGCAGCAGAAGUAGAGUUGACUGUUGGGAACGGGCCCAAGCUGCUCGUUGCUGAGACUGAGCGCGUGGCGGACGCGCUGCCUGGCACGGACGUAGUGGAGGAGAAAGUUGUGGUAUUUAUGGCUGGCGAGGUCCGGCUUGUGGCGGGAACUCUGAAGGAGCCUGUCGGUGGGAAUGGUCCCAACGUAUCUGUGGAGUUACUGGGAACGUGCUUCUUGUUCCUGGUGGUCCUAAAUUUGUGGUUGCGGUGGAGUUGGCAAGAGGAUAAAUUAGUGAUGGGUUCAGGCUCCGGUAACGCAGAUGGCGAGAGACUGGCGCUGGCAGAAACUGUGACGAUCACCGGCGACCCGAUAGUCACCAUUUCUGUAGUUCCAGACACAGAGGUCCCGGCGACAGCGUUUUGGGCGGAUUGGCUGCGCUCCCGUGGAAACGGAGCUGAAGAAGAGCCACCGCUAUCAGAAGCACUGCUAGACGAGAAGUUACCAGAGAUUGAGGUUGUUGACUCGGUAGAAGGGGCGGAUGUUGCAUUCACGACACUGAUGGAUAACGAGGUCGUGCUCAUGUGCAAUGUAGGGGAAUGUGUCAAUAGGGAGGCUUUUCUCGUUGUGGAUGGGACUGCUGAAGAGUUGGUCAAGAUGAAAGUGGUCGAGAUCAACGUUGUGGUGUUCAACGAUGUUGUCGUGCUGACACUUGUUUCUGUGCUGACAGAUACUGAUACGAUCACUGAGGUUCCACUUGAGGCCGACGUCAUGUUUGCUGCCGUAGAGUGCUCUGAUGUUGUGCUGUGGGGUGCUAUGGUGGAUGAAUUCCUGCUGGAAGAUAUGAUGAUCGUGCUGGUUGUACUGGUUGUGCUGUGGCCCUCAGAGCUGGAAGAUGAUGAUAGCACGGAAGUAGAGGUGAAACUCUUGCUUCUUCCACUGGACGAGUCCGUUAUUGGCAACGAGAUCGACAUCGUGGCAGUUGAGUCGGAGGACAUCGUAGUUGUAAAUGAAAAGUGUCCCUUCGCAGUAACAUUUGAUGGUAAAACGGAAGAGCAGGCCGAGAAGGAAGGCAUGUGCCGUGAUAAAAGAGAUGGCGGCGGUGUGCCCCAAACAAGAGCAACCUUUGGGUUCUCAGAACGUCCAAGCCGGAAAUAUGCGACGCUCGUGUUAAUCCCGUCCUCCAAGAACGGCAACUGA